AUGGCCGAAGCUUUUGGUAUAGCGGCCGGCGCUGUAGGGUUUGUAUCUCUGCUAGGGCAAGUCAACAGUGGGAUCAACAAGCUCCGCGCCAUCAUACAUAGUGCAGAAACCGCACCGGACGAAAUACAGUCUGUCGCGCGACAGCUGGAAUUCUUAUUUCAUAUUAUGCAGAAAACCCACGAUAAGACUCUUUCCAAGAUUGAUCCUGUUCUCCAGCAUUGCCAGACAAACUGCGACCAAAUUGUCAAGGAUCUAGACGACUUGAACAAGAUACUCGAAGCUGGGUCAAAAGCUAAUGUAAGAGGAAAGGUAUCUAGGAUCGUCGCCUUUAGGGAUUGGAAAGAGAAAGUUGAGAACCUAGAACGCAGUAUUCAAAGGGCCCAGCUCAACCUGAUACUAUUGAACUCUUGUCAUCAAGAUCGAGUCCAAUGGGAUCAAGACUCCUUAAUUGAGCGAUUUUCAGCUUCCAUUGCUCAGGCACUCAGUCAAGAUAGGGACCAAACAGCCUCUGAAGGACUAUGGCUGACACCCUCCACCCGCCCUUCCCAGUCUCCCUCAGUUUCAACACAGACUGAUAAUCGUUAUGUCAAACACAAGUUUAAACUUCGUAGAGAUUGCAUCUCUAGGUGCUGCUCUUGCAUAUGCCAUAAGACUGAGAGGACAUCUGGCUAUUUCUGGGCACUCGAAUACACCCUUCUGCCAAUUUUCAGACGGACCUGCAAUAGGAAAUCCUGUAACGUGGCCAAAUAUGGUGGGACAUUCAGGCUUGCCCUCUCUCAGCUUGGGAUCAAGAGGGCAGCAAUUAUUCAGCUUUAUAUUGUCACCACGCCCGGGAAAUACUCAAUCCGACCAGCCAUCAAUUUUGAAGAAGUCGUGCCAUACACUUCGCCCGGUUUCGUGAUAUUAUGGAAACUCCGGCAUCUCAUGAUUUCAUUCGAGGAUGGCCGAGAACAACUUGUCAAUCUAUACAAAACCGACCGAAUCCGCCCUGAUCACGUCGAUCCGAGCGGAAAGUCUUACAUUGAGAACCUAGUGAUGACACCGGCGGGAUCGCCAGUUGAGCGUAAAUAUCGAUAUAAGUUGCUGGAACUAUUUAUGGGUGAAUUUGAGAUGACAAGAGGGACUGAAACCUCAACGUUUCUUUCUCGAUGUGCGCACUGGAUCGGGGAAGCACCGCAUUUGGAACUACUGGAAAUCCUUCUGAGCCUAGGCUUCAAUGCAGCUGAAAUCAAUAUCCAUGACUGGCCGGAACCCUGCUCCCCAGACUGGUUCGCGCCAGACAUUGCUGAAGAUCCGUUCUUUAUUGAAUACCUCCAACUUCUCUGUAAAGACAACCAAGGGUUCGCUGAGAUGUCUGCUCUUCACGAAGCUGUAUUGUUUGAGUCACCGGAUUCAGUUCAGAAAUGGAUAUUGCGCUUUGAAAAAGAUCAGAGAAACGCUCUCGGUCAGACACCUCUCCAUCUUGCCACCAUGAGCCCGGACCAUCUACGCAUACUAAUUGACGCUGGCUAUGACUUGGAUGCUCGCGAUAAUUAUGGCAUAACACCUCUCAUGUAUGCGGCCGCAACAAACCAAGAGGAGGCUGUGAUGAUGCUCAUAGAGGCUGGUUCCGACCUCAACGCUACGGAUUUUAAUUGGAAUCGCAACUUUAUGUAUUAUGCCGGUCUUCGUCAACACUGGAACCUGAUCCUCAAAAUUCUAAACACUAUCGAAAAACAUAUUGAUAGAGAUGCAGCGGAGAAUUGGGCGAGAUUUGCAACAAUUUUGUUUCUCGUGAUCUUUCCAGAUCGUCUGGAGAUCAGCGGUGUAUCUCUUAAUCAAUUACUGGCCAAAUGCGGUACUGUCAACUUCCUAUACGACGCCAGGAAUGAUAGGAGAAAUAGGUGCUUGCUGCAUGACAUCAGGUCCCCCGCAGAAUUUGAUGCCUUGCUCGCCAACGGAUUUAGACUUGUCGAUCACGUUGACAGCGAAGGACAAAGCCCUCUCAUGGCAGCUGCUGAUCGUUGCGACUCUAUUCUAGUUGAUAGGCUGUUAGCUUAUGAAGCCGAUAUCAACCGCAAAGAUAACUUCCAGAGAGCAUCACUCUGUUAUGCCCUCCAACGGCGGGAAGCUAGUUUCAUUUGCUAUUCAACUUUCAGGGCUAUGAAGACAUUACGUAUUCUGCUUGAAAACAACGCUGAUGUUCUCACCAGAGAUGCUUGUCGGUGCCCUUGUUCACCAGAGGGCUGCCUUCCAACAAUAGCGCUUCAACACAACUCUUGGACGAUCGGGCGUACACGGGUUCCUCUAUGGUCACUGGAAUGGCUCAGCCUUGUGUCGGAACAUAAAGGCGAAAGUGAAGCGAAAAUAACUCUUCUGUCAUUUAUCAGAAGGGCGAAGCAUGAUGAGAUGGGAGUGACACAUGUCUGCUGUCGUCGGGAACAGAGCUAUCUCUUUCAAUAUGCUAGCAGAAAAGCCUCGCCCAAUGAGAGGAUCGACCAAAUCCUAAAUGAGGAGUCCUUGCUCAUCAAGGAUCUGGAAAGCGAGAUGGAUCGAAGCACCAGGAAGGAGUAUAACGCACUACUGGAGGACUGGAUUUUGCAUAUCAAGGUCUCACUGGACGCAGCAUGCAUUAAAGCUGCAAGGCAGGAGACAGCAUAUAGUGUGAUAAGAGUAAGGAUCAAGACAAACACUAAUUCGUGA